UCCGCUUGCGCCGCGUGCUCAGGGAACGACUCCUUCAGGAGGCCUCGGUUAUGCAGGGAUAAGAGCAGCCCGCUUCUGCUAGAUGGAGAACAAUGGAAGGAAGUUUUUAGUGCACCUUGAUAUGGCGACGCCCAUCAUCCGUCUUCAAAACCCCACUGCUCCAGAGGAUCGUCAACAGGCCCUAUUGGUGGCGACGAAUGAGGCCUGUGCCCACAGAGAUAGACAGAAGACUUUUCCUCUCCCCCCUGCACAGCUGCUGAAUGAGUCCACUGCCCUAGCCCAUGCUGAAAGGGCACUUCAUGCUGAAGGGAUCCCUGCGCCAUCACGACAGCAGUGCCUGGGGAAGCUGGUCCUGCCAUUUGGCCAGUAUCUCAAUGCCCCGUUUCACUGGCUUGUGGCAAACGAUGUGGGCUACAUGAAGUAUUUGGUUGACAAGCAUAGAGAAGAACUCUCUAACAAACCUGGAAAGGAGAAGAUCCAACAUCACUGGAUAAAAGACUACCUGGCAGAGUACGCAGAGAGCUUUCCACAAGUCUCAGUUGUCCUGGAGGCCAAUGUCCACCAAUGCAUUUAUGGACAGAAAGGGUUCAAGUACCAUACCUUUCAGGAGAUGUGGGAGCUCUACAGCCAGUAUUCUGCCCAGAAGGACAGGCCAGAGGAUUUUAGUAUGAUCCAAAAAGCGUACAGCUCUGUAAGCCAGUGGCUACACACGCCUGUGACCCAUAUCGCCAGCGUGCAGAUGAAAAGGUUUAGGAAGUACAUUUAUGACAAGAAAGAUCAAAUGUCAAGCUCUUCCAUCAGUGACCCCUCGUGGCUGGAUGACACUCUCUUAUUAGAAGUGAUCAAAGCAGAGUCCACAGCUUCCACAGCAUCAUCCACGGCCAUCUACACGCCAGCAUCCUCAUCCACGGCCAUCUACACGCCAACAUCUUCAUCCACGGCCAUCUACACGCCGGCACCUUCAUCCACGGCCAUCUACACGCCGGCACCUUCAUCCACGGCCAUCUACACGCCGGCACCUUCAUCCACGGCCAUCUACACGCCGGCACCUUCAUCCACGGCCAUCUACACGCCAGCAUCCUCAUCCACGGCCAUCUACACGCCGGCAUCUUCAUCCACGGCCAUCUACACGCCAACAUCUUCAUCCACGGCCAUCUACAUGCCAGCAGCAUCAGCAUCAGCCACAUACACACAGGCAUCAAAGAAGUCCUCAUCCACAUCCAUAAGUCACAUUUCCUCUGCAGAACCAUGUGACUCCCCAGUCGAGCUGGAGGGUUGGGUGCGACUGUGGGAAAAUCCCAACGGCAUCCCACCAGCUGACCUCUCCUGGGUGAAGGACGACCCCGAGCGAGGACUCUUUGGCCCCAUUCAGGUGUAUCGUGACAACACCGGUGUAUUGAAGAGGAGUCGAGCACUAAAAUCUGACCGGAUGUGGUUUUACCCUCCAGAACCUCCAGGCUACAUUAGUGGUCCCCUGCCAACUCCGCAUCUCUUUUUUCGAAGUCGCGUUUUUGUGUGGCAGCCUGUUGGAGUAUGGAAAUACUUACUGAAGUGUCCUCGGGGUGCAGAAUGUGUGGGUCAAGGAAAGGCUGUGUACCUUUACAAUUCGGGCUACCACACCAGGGUUUGUCACAUUUGUGAUGUAUCCAGCUGGUAUUGUAUGCUGACGGAGGUCCUGUGCUGUGGCCAGUGCACCAAAGCAGCCAGGGGUCGUGGCAGUGGCAAGGUGGGGCAUUGGUUGGCAUGGGAUCCUGCUAUCCUGUGCCAACUCAGUGAGGCUCACCAAGCCAUGUUCCCUGCUGUCCUCACAGACACGCGUGGUGUGGACAAAAACGUGGUGUGCCUUCUGCGGAACUGGACUGAAGGGAACACCAUGGUGAAGGUGUGGCGACAAAUCCAGGAGAAUCACUUUGAUGAGUAUCUCCACAGAAAAGACCUGUACACCACACUCCUCAUGACUAUUACAAAGCCUGGGGGGAUCGUGUCAGCCUUAGGACACAAGUUUGAAGCUCCACCUCCUCCAAGAGAGCUGCCCUCUGCUCGUCUUCUUCGUCAUGCCUCCCUGCUGGCAGAGGCCAACAACGUACAGGACUACAGGGACCAGAUUCUCUCCACUUUUGGCACAGUGCUAAAAAUGGGCUCCACUAAAAAGGUGGUGAAGAAGCUGUCUGGAGAGGGUAAAGGCUCAGCUGAGUGGUUUACCAGUAUAGGCAAUGAGAAUACCCAUAUUGUCUCGUUUGUUCUCACGUGUGAGGAGUCCAUCGAGUGCCUGGAGCCCAUGUGUCGUGGAGUAAUGGACAGGUUCCAGCAGGCCAAUCAACCUGUGCCUAAAAUCCUGUAUGUUGACCGUGGGUGUUGCCGUGCACAAGGCCGAGCUGCCAUGGAGACCUUGUUCCUAGAUUGGGUAGAUAAUGGUAUGGUCGUGUGUCUGGACAUAUUUCAUUGGAUCCAUCGUUUUGAUGCGGCCAUUUGCACUGACAGCCAUUCUAAGUAUGCGGUGUUCAAGUCUGCCCUAGCAGGAGCGGUGCUGGCAUACAAUCGCACUGACUUAGAGCUGCUCAUCAAAGCCGUCAAAGCAAAGGACCCAGGAACUUUUAACUCUGUCACUGAUGAAGAUAUGGUGCGACUUUAUGUGUCAAAAGAACAACUGAAGCACCACGUCCGCAGAGUUACACUUGGGGCUCAGGAGACCUUCCGGCUAGUCCAGAUAGCCAUCGAUGAACUCAAAGGUCCUGCUGGGCUAGACGAAAGCGGAGUCAGCCUCUUCAAGUCACCAGAGGCCAUAGACAAAGUGUGGGAAAGCCAGCAGCAACACUUAGAGUGCAUUCAGGAUCCUCCGGACAUGAAUAUGUACAGAUUGGCUCGAACCACUACCAUCAAUGGCAUUGACGUCCCUUGUUACAAAUGUCUCCGUGGAAGCAACAGCCUGGAGGGAUUCCACAAAGCUUUGCCUAACAUGAUUCCAGGUCCCCACUGUGCAGCACGUCCCUGUCAGGUUUACCUGAUUAGUGGAAUCGCUCGCUGGAAUUCAGACUGCAGUUCUGAUGCUGUGUUCGGUGGCAAAGGUCGACGCCACAGACCGUACUCGGCCCCUCUAAUUGAUCGCCUCAACACCCGAUGUCAGCAGCUGUUUGGAGAGACUGUAGAGGAGAAUAGCCACGCACCUGCUAAUGUGACGUCGAAUGAGUUGCUUGGUUUGGAAUACCUCUUCAGCCAAAGCACAGGAGAAUCUGGUCCUUUCUCCCUCAGUGACAUCUCCAAGGAUGGACCCAGUCCAGAGGAAGAGGUGAUCCAGCCUGGCCAGUCUGACCCAGAUGAGGACGAUGUGGCGUACCAGAGUGACCCAGAGGCAGAUAACGACAUAGUGCCUACCAUCCCAGCCCACAUCAACCUUACUACUGACGAGACCACUGCAGCUCACUCUCCAGCCUUUGUAAGUAACUUAGUGUUUACUAGGGGUGUAACUUAG